AUGAUGAUGAUAACUGAAGACGUAGUUUCCUUCCAAAAAGGUUUGAUGGACUGGCUGACGGAAGAAAGUGAAUAUUUGAUGCAGCGUCUGGACCGCUGGACAACUAUCGCACGUGGGUACAACCGUUUGUAUCCUCAGAGAUUAUCCCGGGGGUGUAUGACGAUGCAGAAGGAGCCAGAUGAAGAGUCAUGGCGGCACUCUCCGAGCUUUAAGAUUCUUACAUCGUCUUCUUCAAGACGAAUCACGCGGCCAGCCGACGAUGAGAUAAGGAAAAUCAAUUGUUGUGGGACUUUUAACUACCAGUCCAACAGCCGCGUUGACAAUUCCUGUCUAGAAGCGUAUCGGUAUGACCACAGUAUCUAUUUUAAGACAAUUGGGGACAUUAAGAGCAGCAAGACUCUCAAAGAAACUCAAAUUAAUGAAGAACAAGUGCAGGAAGAAAUAUCUGAUUUUGAAGAAAAUUCAGAUCCUUCCGACGCAAUGGACAAGCCUGGGAAUAUUUGUGACUGUCCGAGUCCAAUGGACGAAGAAAUGUCUGAAGAAAUAACUUGGUUCGAUAAAAACUCCAGUGAAGCUAUCACUCGGGAGUUUACUAAAAGUUGUUCCAUUGCGCAAAUUGAUGAUCUAAAUGAUUGUAUUAAUAAUAAUGAUACUCGGUGGAACAAUUUUAAUGGAUCGAGCUUUCAAAAUUUGGAAAUAGAAAGUCAGGUUAAUUCUGUGGAGAGUGAGAGUCUGGAUAAUGAAGCUAACGUUGUUCCGAAUUGGAGGAAAUCCAGUCGGAGGAUGAAAGCUAAGCCGAAAGUACUUGGGAAUAAUAAUGUUUCCUGGAAUAAUGUGCUGUUUAGUUACAACGUCGAUGCAAAUUUAGCUUCUUCGCAUCAUUGUGUUUUGAAUGAAGAAAUAUCUGAUUUUGAAGAAAAUUCAGAUCCUUCCGACGCAAUGGACAAGCCUGGGAAUAUUUGUGACUGUCCGAGUCCAAUGGACGAAGAAAUGUCUGAAGAAAUAACUUGGUUCGAUAAAAACUCCAGUGAAGCUAUCACUCGGGAGUUUACUAAAAGUUGUUCCAUUGCGCAAAUUGAUGAUCUAAAUGAUUGUAUUAAUAAUAAUGAUACUCGGUGGAACAAUUUUAAUGGAUCGAGCUUUCAAAAUUUGGAAAUAGAAAGUCAGGUUAAUUCUGUGGAGAGUGAGAGUCUGGAUAAUGAAGCUAACGUUGUUCCGAAUUGGAGGAAAUCCAGUCGGAGGAUGAAAGCUAAGCCGAAAGUACUUGGGAAUAAUAAUGUUUCCUGGAAUAAUGUGCUGUUUAGUUACAACGUCGAUGCAAAUUUAGCUUCUUCGCAUCAUUGUGUUUUGAAUGUUAAAUGA